CCAGGCGGGUACUACCCGGUGCGGAUCGGGGACCUGUUCCACGGGCGCUACCACGUGGUGCGAAAGCUGGGCUGGGGCCACUUCUCCACCGUGUGGCUCUGCUGGGACCUCCGGCGGAAGCGGUUCGUGGCGCUGAAGGUGGUGAAGAGCGCGCCGCAGUACACGGAGACGGCGCUGGACGAGAUCAAGCUGCUGAAAUGUGUGCGGGACUCGGAUCCCAGCGACCCCAACCGCGAGAACAUCGUGCAGCUCAUCGACGACUUCAAGAUCUCGGGGGUCAACGGCGUCCACGUGUGCAUGGUGCUGGAGGUGCUGGGCCACCAGCUCCUGCGCUGGAUCAUCAAAUCCAACUACCAGGGGCUGCCCCUGCCCUGCGUCAAGAGCAUCGUGCGCCAGGUCCUGGAAGGUCUGGACUACCUGCACACCAAGUGUAAGAUCAUCCACACCGACAUCAAGCCCGAGAACGUCCUGCUGUGCGUUGGGGAGCCCUUUGUGAGGCAGCUGGCGGCCGAGGCGGCGUGCUGGGCACGGGGGGGAGGCCCC